AUGGAAGCCAAAUAUGACGGCAAUGCUCCUCCGGGGGGGACCCCUAAGGAAAGGCCCUCGCGGGAGCGGAGCAGUUCUGCUGCUGCUGCUGGUGCAGCAGCAGCAGCGGCCGCAGCCGCAGCAGCAGGGGUGACCGCUGGACCUGCAGCAGCAGCAGCAGAUGCAACAAAAUCGACAGUCGGAGCUGUUGAGACUCUGUCAGCAGCAGCAGGAGUUGCCGCUGCUGCUGCUGCUGCUGUGGGGUCUCCCUUAUCCCCAGCAGCAGAUGGGAUGCCUGAUGCUGUUGCCCCCGUUGCUGCUGCAACGCCAGCAGCAGAAAAAAUAACAGCAGCAGAAACAUCGGCAGCAACAGCAGCAGUAGAGGCAGCAGCAGCAACAGAAGCAGCACAAAAAGAAGGUACAAUUGUACAGAGUGCAGCAGCAGAACCAGCUGCAGCAGUAGCAGCAGCUGCGUCAGCAGCAGCAGCACAGGAAUUGUUUUUAGUAGAUAAAGACGUAUCGUCGGUUGUCGUGGAGGACGAAGCAGCAGCAGCAGCAGGAACAGCAGCAGCAGCUGCUGCUGAAGAAGAAGCUGCUGCUGCUGCUGAUGCGUUGUCUGGCGCAUGCAUUGACCCUGCUGAUCUUUGUAGGGUUUUCUUUGAGCAGGUGCAGCAGCUGCAGCAGCCAGAUGAUGCAGCAGCACUAGAUACAGAAACUGCAGCAGCAGCAGCAGCAGCAGCAGAAACAGCAGCAGAAGCAGCAACAGGACAAAGGGACAUCCGUGAUAGGUUUACGAUAUGUUAA